AAAACACCAAUGCAAUAUACAUUGGUGAAUAUAAAAAUGGCAAAUCUGUCGGCAGUAACGUACGCGUUAAAUGUUAUCGAAGGUUACAAUUGGAACAGCUGAUUCAGUGCAACUUCACAUAUCGAUAAUUGAACCAUAAAGUUCACUAUUGAAACAAUAAUCGAAUGAUUAUCAGACUUCCAUGGUUAGUGAUGAUUUGGUCCUGAUCGACGAUGACAGGGUCCCUGGAAUAUACGUAAACAGGCGUUCAAAAAUAAUCCACGUAUGUGUUAACCUUCAAUGAUAACGUGAUUGAAGAUUAUAUUCUUACCUAAAUAAAAGGAAUGGUGACUAAUAAACGUCACUAAUGUGUAUAUAUUAUUGACGUAAAUGUGAUAUUAAUUAAAGUGAAGAUGAGAAUGAGAGCUAGGGCAUACAUUUUACUGGGGCUGACGGUGUUGACAUUGGUGAGAGCAGAUGUUGUCAAGGAUAAUGAUAAGGAGAAUGCCAAGAAACCGGAUGGAAAAACGACAAUUGAGGAGAAAGAUCCUGACGUGGGUAUCGAGGAUUUGACGGAUGUUUUUGAGCAGUUGAGAGAGCUCAGGGCACUCAGGGAUUCUAUGCUGAAGCUCGUGCCGGUUGCCAAUCCUUUCUCGGAUGAUACAAUCACCAAACAACCGAAAGAAUCAAUCAUCAGCGAUGAGGAGAGUUCAGUUGAGAAGGACAGUUCGUUGAAUUCGAAUAAAAAUGCUGCUUUGAGGGAACUACUCAAAGCUGCCAAGAAAAUUGGACUCCGGCCUGUGCCAGAAUUUUCCAGUUCCGAGUCCCCAAUUCCUAGUUGGGAGGAAGAGUCUGAAGAGGAUUAUAGUGAACUGGAAGAGGAACCACAGGAACCAUUGACUCCAGAGCAGCAGGAAGCUGAGGAGUUGUUCAGAAAGGCCCAGAGUAUGCUGAAUGCAACAAGAAGUAAUAAAGCAGAGGCUUAUAAAUUUAUUACGGCAGCUGCAACUUUGGGGCACAGAGAAGCUAGAUCGAUGCUUGCAUGGGCAUUGUUGCUUGGGACCCAAACAGGGCUUCCAACUGUGAAUCAGCAUAUUCCAGCUGCUUUUCAAACGUUCAAAGAGCUAGCUGAGACGGGGCUCCCUUCAGCACACAUGGGUAUGGGAUUUUUCUAUGCGAUGGGUCUCAACAUGCUGAAUGUAUCUCAAGGAAAAGCCUACCUACACUACACGAUAGCAGCACUGGGUGGUGAUACACGAGCGCAAAUGGCCGUUGGCUAUCGACAUUGGGCUGGAAUUUCCACAGCAGCGAAUUGUGAAAGAGCCCUUGACUUUUAUCGUAAAGUAGCGGAUAAAGUUGCUGAGCAAGUCUCUCUCAGUGGAGGUCCUGUUGUUCAACGAAUCCGUCUGUUAGAGGAGCAAGAAAAUCCGGAAUAUAAUUCUGGAAUUUUGGAUGACGAUUUGAUUGAAUAUUAUCAGUUACUGGCGGAGCGCGGGGAUGUGCAAGCACAAGUGGGAUUGGGACAACUUCAUUAUCAAGGAGGAAGGGGAGUUCCUCUCGAUCAUCAGAGAGCGUUGGAUUAUUUUCAACAUGCUGCUGAUGCUGGAAAUCCUGUAGCUAUGGCUUUUCUUGGAAAGAUUUAUCUUGAAGGCAGUGACAUUGUUCAACAAGACAACGAAACUGCCUACAAGUAUUUCGCGAAAGCGGCAAUGUUAGGAAAUCCCGUAGGACAAAGUGGUUUGGGCCUGAUGUAUUUAUAUGGCAGAGGGGUUGAACGCGAUACAGCAAAGGCACUUCAGUAUUUUUCUCAAGCAGCUGAUCAAGGUUGGGUUGAUGGUCAACUUCAAUUAGGCAAUAUGUAUUUGAGUGGUACAGGCGUUCGUCGUGACUACAAAAUGGCAAAUAAAUACUUCAAUCUAGCCAGUCAAUCGGGCCACGUCCUGGCAUUUUACAAUCUUGCCCAGAUGCACGCAACCGGUACAGGAAUGAUGCGGAGUUGUCCUACAGCAGUGGAGCUCUUAAAAAAUGUAGCUGAGCGAGGAAAAUGGAGCGACCAAUUGAUGACAGCGCACACUGAUUACAAAGAGGGUAGAGUCAACCAAGCCUUCAUUCGUUACGCCUUACUAGCUGAAAUGGGAUAUGAAGUGGCCCAGAGUAAUGCAGCAUUCAUACUAGACCGAGGAGAAACUGGAGUGUUGCUGCCUGAAAAGGGUUUAGUAAUGGCUCUGGCCUUUUGGGCGCGUGCAGCAGUCCAAGGAUACUCUCCAGCCCAAGUUAAGCUUGGAGAUGCUCAUUAUUAUGGACGUGGAACUCGAGUUGAUUACGAAGCAGCUGCUGGAUAUUAUAGACUGGCCUCUGAUCAACAACACAAUGCUCAAGCUAUGUUCAAUCUUGGAUAUAUGCAUGAAAGAGGACUAGGGUUGGCUCGUGAUCGACAUUUAGCCAAACGUUGUUAUGAUCUAGCUGCUGAGGCUAGUCCUGAUGCUCGUAUCCCUGUUGCUCUAGCCCUUAUCAAAUUGUUUCUCCUAUUUGGCAUCGAUUAUCUCCAGGAGUUCAGUUUCGCUGAGAAAUUCAGCACGUGGGAUGAACUGUUUGGUUCCAAUUGGGAUCUUUAUCUCAUUGGAUUUUUCACUGGUUUAGUCUGUCUCAUAAUUUACUUGCGCAGACCGCACCCACCACUUGACGGAGUUAAUGCUGCUGAUAAUUAAUUGACUAUUACGUUAAUUUCAUUCGUGUCUAUCUAUAGAGCAGUUGCCAAGUGAAGAGACCCGAUGAGUUGACUUUAUAUUUGGGAAGAUGAGUUUUUUGUGAAUAUCUUUGACCUUUGGAGAUACGAGAUUUGUCAUGGAGAUCUUCUCAUAACGUAAAAUAAAGAAUAGUCUUUUGAAAGAAAAUCUGAUGAUGUUAUGCUGCUUCAAGUUGUUUUGGAAGUUUGCAACUGAAACAAUUCUGGUUCUCAGCUCAGAGUUUAUAAAAUAUUUAUGUAAAAAUAUUAUUGUGUCUCAUUCUCAGUAAUCGUGAGUUUCUUGUUCUGUUGACCAGUUCAUCAAUGUCUAAGUCACAACGUUUUUUUUUUCAAUUGAGUUAAUUGUACUUGGAUGAGAAUGUAUUCAAUAGAUGCUGAGCUCAGAGCCAUUGAGAUUUGGUUUCAAAACAAAACAGUUGGUUGUUUUAUCUACAAAGAAAAACAUGAACGUAAGAAUCAGUUUUGAUGUUUGCUGAGUGAGAAAAAUAUAUUGUCCAGAACCAAAUACUUGUUGAUGACUGAUGUUUGUAUUAUGGAGGAAUAGGGAAGCAGAAAUAUAAGAAAAUAUGAGUAAAUAAAUAAGUUCAUAUAAAA